UGUCAUUGUCAUUCCUCAUUAUUUUAUAUUGGCAGUAUUCAUUUAAAUGGUGCCACCGCGAGUUCAUGUCCGCGGCCAACAUUCUGUGCCUGGUGUGCAACGGAAGCUGCGUCUCGUCCCGAAAUUCGAUCCAAGUCUUCAACAAGGAGACUAAAACCAGCUCGGAGACGCCUCUUAUCGACACUCUUAACAAAGUCUUGAACAAGGAACUGACUGAAGAGACUGCACAUUCACAAGUUAUUUGCAAAAAGUGCUUCAAAAUUUUUGAUGAAGUGGACGAACUCGAACACAGACUGCAAGAAAUCAAAAACGAAGUCGUCAACAACUAUACGAACGCCUUGACCAGACACAAAAACGGCGAUAACCAAAUGGAAGAGACUGAGGCCAUGGAAAAUGGAAAAGUGACUGAUUCAAACAAGGAAAACGAACUUCCGCGAAAAAUCCUAGAUAUCCCGUCUUCGGAUGACGACACCAGCCAAGUUAUGGAGAAGAAUCAGCUGCAGACUAUUGAAGAUAUUGAAAUGGAGCUGGUGAAGAUGCAUGGGGGCAUAGAAAAUGUGAACACAGUCAAGGAUAUCAUCGACUCGGGGGCGGUUGACCACUCUUCAGACUCCGAUUACGAGCCCCCAGUCGGUGUUGACAGCUUCAGCAAAUCCAAUCCUGAGAUUAAAGUCAAAAUGGAGCCUUCUUCGGACAGUGGGGUUAGCGAUCGCCCCAAUAUCCUGCGUAAAAAGCCCACAAACACCGAUACGUUAAAAAUCAAGGAAGAACCGGUCCAUUUGCAAUCCAUGGUGGCUCGACAAGACUCACUUUUCACUUGUAUGGUAUGCCAGGGUGAGGAGACCGUCGCAGGGGACGUACGAGCCAUCACCGCCCAUAUGAAGAACGCCCACGACAUUCGAUUGUACAUUUGCGACGUCUGUGGACAAGAUUUCCGGAAGAGGAACGAACUUUCGGCUCAUCUCGACGAGCACGUGGCCGCUGAAGAAGGCGAUUUUCAGUGCGAAGUCUGUAAUCGAAUUUUCAGUAAUUUGCGUUUGUUUCGCAUACAUCGCCGCAUGCACUACCCCCAGAACAAGGCGUGGGCUUGCGAGACAUGUGGCAAGAAGUACAGCAGCAGAAAUUUGCUUGAAGAGCAUAUAAAUACGCACACGGGGGUUAGGCCUUAUGUUUGUCAACAAUGCGGCAAAGAUUUCGCAUCAAAGUACACUUUCAAGGCCCAUGAGAAGACGCACGAGGUCAGGCCAAGGCCCUAUGCGUGUAAUCAGUGUCCCAAGUCGUUCUUGAGUCAGCAAAAUUUGAUCCAGCAUGAGAGGACGCAUACAGGGAUUAAGGAGUUCAGUUGCCAUUUGUGUGGAAAGAGGUUCGGCUCUGCCCAUAACCUCGAGGUCCACUCCAUCGUGCAUACCGGCUACCGACCCUUCGUGUGUCCCAUCUGCCACAAGGCCUUCGCCCGCAAGGCGGAAAUCCGCGACCACGAACGCACCCACACGGGCGAGAGGCCCUACCAAUGCGAGAUGUGCGGCGCCACCUUCUCCCAAAGAUCCAACUUGCAGUCGCACAAACGGGCCACACAUCUCGACGACAAGCGUUACGUCUGCGUGGACUGUGGCAAAGGCUUCAAACGGCGCCGUCUCCUCGACUACCACAUGAAGGCGGCGCACACCGGCGAGAGGCCCUUCAAAUGUAACGUCUGCGACGCCACCUUCGUCUAUCCCGAGCAUUUCAAGAAGCACAGACGUAUACACACCGGGGAAAAACCCUUCCUGUGCGAAGUCUGCGGCAAGGCUUUCAAUAGUCGGGAUAAUAGAAAUGCGCACAGAUUUGUCCAUUCGGAUAAGAAGCCGUAUGAGUGUUUAGUCUGCGGGGCCGGGUUUAUGCGGAAGCCGCUUCUGUACCAACACAUGCAGAGUCAAGGGCAUUUGAAUGAUACGAUCGUCGUGAAUCAGCCGAGGUUGACGACGGAUGAUGAUCAAUUAGUGACGGUGAAUUCGAGAGGGGAGAUGGAAAUUGUGGAUCCGAUGUCGUUGGCGGAAGCGGUCGAUGGGGAUGCUAGUGUGACUGAAGACUCCAAAUUGUACAUUUCUGAGCAUAUUUUACAGUCGCCGAGUGAGCAGGAGCAACAAGAGGGCGAAAGUAUGGAAACAGUGGAACACAUAAUCAUCGAUGGCCAACACAUACGAUUCGAAAAUGAGGACGAGGAAGUGGAUACAAUCACAGGAGAGACGUUAGCAGAGAGUGAAACACAAAUCAUUGAAACGCCCGAUGGUCCAGUCCAAUUGGUCCGAGUACGCAUACCCAACGAGCAUGGCGAAGAAGAAGAAGCAUGGAUUAAAAUAGUUCCAGAAUAAUUUAUUUAUUUCAUUGUAAAUGUAGCUAGGUUAGUUUUUUUUUUGUAUUUGUAUAAAUAAUUUUAAAUAUAAUACGAGUUGAAAUUA